AUGCUCAGAGCUAGCGGCACUUUCGUCAACCUCUUUUUGUUAGCCGGUACCACCCUUUUGUUGAUCUUUAUUGUCUUGGCUGGCUCCGUCAACCAUUUCCCAUUCAACAGAUUCGAAUGGCUUAGAGCCGAUACUUCUCAAAUUGAGGGUGCUUACGGCGAGUCCAAGUGGUUUUUCUGGGGUGUUUGUGAUGCAAGCAACCUUUCCAAUUGUAUGACCGGUCCUGCCUACCCAAUCUCUCCUAACAGGAACUUUGGCACUGAGCAAGGUGUCCCAAGCGAUUUCAUCAACGAUGACUCCACCUUCUUCUACUUGUCGAGAUUUGCCUUUGCUUUCCUCAUCAUUGGUUUUAUCUUCACUGCUCUUGCCUUCAUUGUCGACAUGGCUGGCUUCUGCUUUGACUUCAUUGAGAGAAUUGUUAUCAUUUUGGUCACCCUAGCUCUCUUCUUUAUUGCUGGCUUUGCUGCUUUCCAGACCUCCGUGGCUGUGUUGGCAAGAAACGCUUUUAAGGACGAGAACUUGAGUGCCAAGCUUGGUGUCAAGGGUUUCGCUAUAAUGUGGACGGCAGUGGCUUGUUUAGCUAUCAUUUGGUUCAUCACUUGUGCCAACAACAUUGCCACCUCCUACAAGAAGCACAUUGAAAAUGUCCGCGGUAGCGAAGGAGGCUACUACCCUCAGGGUCCACAGGACGGCGGCGAGCUCGCUGACGACUCCUCAUUCACCAGAUCGGUGCCUGUGGAGAAGGACGCCAACGCUGGCAGCGGUGGUAUCCGUUUUUUCAGAAUCAAGAGAAACCAGAAGCCCUCCGAUGAAGAGAGCGUUUAA